GAAAAGGAAGAAAAAUGGGAGAAAAUCGAUAAGAAAAGGGAAAUGAUAGAUUUUUCUAUUUUCUCUCCUUUUGUUUUUAAUUUUUCUUUCCUUCCUCUUCAAGUUCCAAACAGAGCCAGCUGUUCCACCCCCAAUUGCCAUUAUCACCACCUUCUCUUCUGACAAGGGUUUUACCCAAAACUGGCAAUAUACUCCGAAAUCAUCGGCAUCGCAAACCCAAAAAUCUACGCUGGAUUUGCUAAUUACGGCGACCGGUACACAAAACGACAUCGUCUGGCCAGAUCCAAUCCCUAAUUCUUUCAACCCCCCGAACCUUCCCCAACUCACGGUGCGGCGCGUGUACCUCAACACGGGAACCCCAUAAAGUGCGUAGCACAAACCACGCGCGGAAAGAGCGUUGCAGGAAAAACGACGCGAAUGAGGAUUUUUCUUUUACCCGAUAUAUUUAUAUUUAACAGUUGGGUUUAUUAAUUUGUUCCUAUUUUUUGUUUCAAAAUAGGCCCCGAAGAAGAAGAAGAAGAAGAGGGAGAAUAGAAGCGAUCGGAUAUUCUCUGCAGUCGCAUCUUUGGAAUUGGGCAGCUUCUGGGUUGUUCUGUCCGGAGAUCGGACGAAUUGCUGAGAAGAUGAACAGAUGGGAGAGGUUGGGAGAGCCAUCUGGAUCGAGGCUUGGCGGCGCCCCCUCUCGCGCCCCCUCUCGCACCGUUACUCUCGGUGGUCGUGGUGUCCAGCCUCAGGCCCCUGGUCACCGCACCAUCCACUGCAAUGAUCGAGAAGCCAAUCUCAUGGUCAAAUUCAAGGGAAAUUCUAUAUCGACUACGAAGUACAACAUUCUUACUUUUGUACCGAAGGGGCUGUUUGAACAGUUCAGGCGGGUGGCUAAUCUCUACUUCCUCACGAUCUCAAUUUUAUCGAGCACACCAGUCAGUCCUGUAUCUCCGAUAACAAAUGUGCUCCCCCUAAGUAUGGUGCUUUUUGUAUCCCUUGUGAAGGAGGCAUGGGAAGACUGGAAGCGCUUUCAAAAUGAUAAGGCAAUAAAUAAUUCUUCUGUGGACAUGCUGCAAGAUCAAAGGUGGGUAAGUGUCCCCUGGAAGAAUUUGCAGGUUGGAGACGUUGUCAAAGUUAAGCAAGACGGAUUCUUUCCUGCGGACCUGUUGUUCCUCGCUGGUACAAACGCAGACGGUGUCUGUUAUGUUGAGACUGCAAAUCUGGAUGGUGAAACUAAUUUGAAGAUCAGAAAAGCAUUGGAAAAGACUUGGGAUUAUGUGAAUCCUGUAAAAGCAUCUGAAUUCAAAGGUGAAGUGCAGUGUGAACAACCAAAUAAUUCGUUGUACACAUUCACCGGCAAUCUGAUAAUUGAAAAUCAAACUUUACCCCUCAGUCCAAAUCAACUGCUAUUGCGAGGUUGUAGUCUCAGGAACACGGAGUACAUAAUCGGAGCUGUUAUUUUUAGUGGUCAUGAAACAAAGGUCAUGAUGAAUUCCAUGAAUGUUCCGUCCAAAAGAAGUACUCUAGAGAGGAAACUUGAUAGACUUAUAAUCGCUCUUUUUGGAGUUCUCUUCUGUAUGUGUCUCAUUGGGGCCUUUGGAAGUGGAUUAUUUUUAAAACCCAAGUAUUUCUACUUGGGUCUUCACGGUCCAGAUCUAUCAGCAGACAUGAACCCCAGCAACAUAUUUUUGGUUGGUCUUUUAAAUAUGUUUACCCUUAUUACACUGUAUUCUCCGAUCAUCCCCAUUUCUCUUUAUGUCUCAGUUGAGAUGGUCAAAUUUAUACAAUCCACUCAAUACAUUAACAAUGAUUUGCAUAUGUACCACUUCGAAACCAACACCCCUGCCUUGGCACGAACAUCCAAUCUGAAUGAGGAACUUGGACAGGUGGAAUAUAUCUUUUCUGAUAAAACUGGAACCUUAACUAGAAACAUGAUGGAGUUCUUUAAGUGCUCGAUUGGAGGAGAGGUAUAUGGAACUGGUGUUACGGAGAUUGAGGUCGGAGGAGCACAGAGGAACGGCAUGAAAGUCGACGAGGCUAGGAAAUCAGCAAACGUAGUACGUGAAAAGGGUUUCAACUUUGAUGAUGCCAGGAUUAUGAGAGGUGCCUGGAGGAAUGAACCCAAUCCUGAUAUGUGCAAGGAAUUCUUCAGAUGCCUUGCUAUAUGCCAUACCGUGCUGCCAGAAGGUGAGGAGACCCCAGAAAAAAUUCGAUAUCAAGCUGCAUCCCCAGAUGAGGCUGCUUUGGUUACAGCAGCAAAGAACUUUGGCUUCUUCUUUUACAGGCGCACGCCUACUUUGAUCUAUGUUCGUGAAUCACAUGUUGAGAAGAUGGGAAAGGUCCAAGAUGUUCCUUACGAAAUCUUGAAUGUCCUUGAGUUCAAUAGUACAAGAAAGAGGCAGUCUGUUGUUUGCCGGUACCCGGAUGGCAGGCUUAUACUGUACUGUAAGGGUGCUGAUACUGUGAUAUAUGAAAGAUUGGCCGAUGGGACCAAUGAUAUUAGAAAAACAACCAGGGAACAGUUGGAACAAUUUGGAGCGGCGGGAUUGCGUACCCUUUGCCUGGCCUAUAGAGAAAUUAGUUCUGACACCUAUGAAAAUUGGAAUGAGAAAUUUAUUCAGGCAAAAUCCUCUCUUCGCGACCGUGAGAGGAAAUUGGACGAGGUUGCAGAACUCAUAGAGAAGGAUCUUGUUUUGAUUGGGUGCACGGCUAUAGAAGACAAACUUCAAGAAGGGGUACCUUCCUGUAUAGAGACUCUUUCUAGAGCUGGAAUCAAGAUUUGGGUUCUAACAGGGGACAAAAUGGAAACAGCCAUUAAUAUAGCUUAUGCAUGCAAGUUGAUCAAUAAUGACAUGAAACAGUUCAUUAUUAGUUCAGAAACUGAUGAUAUUCGAGAACUUGAAAGAAGGGGAGACCAAGUUGAGAUUGCACGCCAUAUGAGGGAAGCAGUGAAAAAUCAGCUAAAGAAGUGCCACGAGGAAGCACAGAACUAUUUUCAGACUUCAUCUGGUCCAAAAUUGGCACUUGUGAUAGAUGGGAAGUGUUUGAUGUAUGCACUAGACCCGAGUUUACGAGUAAUGCUACUAAAUCUGUGCUUGAAUUGUAGUUCAGUCGUUUGCUGUCGAGUUUCUCCUUUGCAGAAAGCACAAGUCACAAGCCUUGUCAAGAAAGUUGCACGAAAAAUAACACUAAGUAUUGGUGAUGGUGCUAAUGACGUCAGUAUGAUUCAAGCUGCUCAUGUUGGUGUUGGAAUAAGUGGUCUAGAAGGAAUGCAAGCAGUAAUGGCCAGUGAUUUUGCAAUUGCUCAGUUCCGCUUUCUUACGGAUUUACUUCUUGUGCAUGGACGAUGGUCAUACCUCAGAAUAUGCAAGGUUGUUACAUACUUCUUCUACAAGAAUCUUACAUUCACAUUGACUCAAUUUUGGUACACCUUUCAUACGGGAUUUUCUGGGCAAAGAUUUUAUGAUGAUUGGUUUCAAUCUUUAUAUAACGUCAUUUUCACAGCCCUACCUGUGAUUAUGGUUGGACUUUUUGAGAAGGAUGUCAAUGCAUCUCUUUCCAGAAAGUACCCUGAGUUGUACAAAGAGGGAAUAAGAAAUACCUACUUCAAAAAGAGAGUUGUGGUGACCUUGGCUUUGUUUUCAUUUUACCAAUCGCUAGUUGUGUAUACUUUUGUGGCCACUUCAAGUUCUAACAGUGUCGAUUCAUCUGGCAAGAUGUUUGGUCUCUGGGAUGUCAGCACGAUGGCCUUCAACUGUAUAGUAGUAACUGUUAAUUUGCGCAUUCUUUUGAUGUGUGACACAAUUACAAGGUGGCAUCACAUAAGUAUUGGAGGCAGCAUUUUGGCGUGGCUUAUGUUUAUCCUUGUAUAUUCAGGUGUUUACACUCCCAAGGGUAUCUAUUCUGUCUUCUACGUCUUGAUCAGCACGGUUUAUUUCUACGUCAUGCUUCUUCUUGUUCCCAUUGUUGCACUUCUUGGCGAUUUCUUAUAUCAAGGCAUUCAGAGAUGGUUCUUCCCAUACGAUUACCAGAUCAUUCAAGAAAUGCACAGACACGAGCCUGAUAUGAGCAGUGCAGGGUUGCUGGGGAUUGGCAAUCAGCUCACGCCAGAGGAGCAGAGGAGCUUUGCAGUUGCACGGCUGCCUAGGGAGACAUCCAAGCACACAGGUUUUGCUUUUGAUUCGCCGGGUUAUGAAUCCUUUUUCGCUGAAAAAGCUGGUGUUUUUGCCCCUCAAAAGGCUUGGGAUGUAGCAAGGAGAGCCAGUAUGAUGAGGUCAAAGCCGAAAACUCCUCGGAGGGAUUGAUAUGUGGAGAAUUUACAUGUAUAUACGUUUUUUCUUUAUUUUUCAACAAUUUUCAGUUAGAAAAGAUGUAAAACUAGAUGUGUCAUAUCCUAGUUUUGAUUCUUUUAUACGAGCCUUCCUUCUUUUCAGGACUUUUAGUUGUCAUUAGGAUUUUCAGAUACAUACGAGGUUAUAUUAUUGGACUAGCAAUAUCAUUCUUUUGUUUUUUC